AUUAGAGUGAGCAAGCUGUGUAGAUUCCUCGUGGCUGCUAUUGAAAUGAUGUGACUUUAAGAGAAGCCCUGCCUCUCAGCAGCCUCUGCCAGAUGAUGGAACUGCAUCAGGACCACGGAGCUUUAGAGCAUCUCUGACUGUGGAGACCGUUGGGCUUUCUGCUUCAGGACCAGGGACCACCUUCUUAGUCUACAGCCAUAUAAAGUAUGGGGGAAUUCCAGCAUCCCACUGUGCGAGGCUUUCCAUUUCAAAUGGCAGCUUAUUCUUGCCAGCCCAUAUCCUGAAACAUCCCUUCCCCCUAGAUCCCCUGGGGCGGGGGGAGCAACUCUAACUGCAGCUGGAGGCUACUGAGAAGAAGGGGAGAAUUGAUCCCCUCUGGAAUCGGAAGAUUCCUGGAUUUGAGUUGUUCCAGAAGUUGCUCCCAAUUUUCACAUGGCAGAAAAAAUUCCUCCCCCAAUACAAGCCUCUGGCAUUGCUGAGGAUGGCCCUUGCCAGCACCCACAGGAAACAACCCUGCUUGCCACCCACCUGAAGAAAGUGGAAAACCAUAUCACAGAUGCACGGCGCUUCUGCCAUCUCCCCAAACGUUCUGCUGUGGAUAUUGAGUUCAAAGACAUUUCUUACUCUGUGAGAGAAGGGCCAUGUUGGAGAAAGAGAGGAUAUAAGACUCUCUUGAAAUAUUUAUCCGGGAUGUUCUGCAGUCGAGAACUUAUUGGAAUUAUGGGACCAUCGGGGGCUGGAAAAUCUACUCUAAUGAAUAUUCUUGCCGGGUACAGGGAGAGUGGAAUGACGGGCCAAAUUCUAGUGAAUGGGAAGCAACGAGAACUACGGACAUUCAGGAAGAUGUCAUGUUAUAUUAUGCAGGAUGAUAUGCUUCUUCCCCAUCUCACUGUCAAAGAGGCAAUGAUGGUUUCCACUAAUUUGAAACUCAAUGAAAAAAUGGAAGUGAAGAAAAAGUUGGUGAAUGAGAUUCUGACAGCAUUGGGUCUAUUGGAUUGUUCUGGAACUCGUACUUUGUGCCUAUCUGGGGGUCAGCGCAAGCGUUUGGCUAUAGCGCUGGAGCUUGUUAAUAAUCCACCAGUCAUGUUCUUUGAUGAGCCCACUAGUGGUUUGGACAGUGCAUCCUGUUUCCAGGUGGUCUCCCUGCUGAAUUCUUUGGCACAGGGGGGACGCACCAUUAUCUGCACCAUACACCAACCUAGUGCUAAACUCUUUGAGAUGUUCAAUAAGCUGUAUAUCCUCAGUCAAGGGCAGUGUAUAUACCGAGGGUCUGUAACUCACCUCAUUCCAUACCUGAAGAGCCUGGGACUGCACUGCCCAACCUACCACAAUCCUGCUGACUUCAUUAUUGAGCUGGCAUCAGGGGAAUAUGGAGACUUAAACCCUGUGUUAUUCCGGGCUGUAGAAGAUGGCUUAUGUCCUAUAACUCGAGACAAAAGCCAGCAAACCAAGCUGGAUCAGGAGCACUGUCCUAAUGAUGUCUCUGUACAUAUAGAGAGUCACACUUUUGCCACUAGCUCCCUAAACCAAUUUCGAAUCCUUUUCAAACGCACCUUCCUCUCUAUUCUGAGAGAUACGGUCCUGACUCAUCUGCGUUUCAUGUCUCACCUAUGUAUUGGGGUUUUGAUCGGGCUGCUGUACCUGCACAUUGGAGAUGAUGCCAGCAAAGUGUUCAAUAACACAGGCUUCCUGUUCUUCUCCAUGCUCUUUCUUAUGUUUGCAGCCCUCAUGCCUACUGUGCUGACCUUUCCCCUGGAGAUGUCUGUCUUUCUACGAGAGCAUCUGAAUUAUUGGUACAGCUUGAAGGCCUAUUAUCUGGCCAAGACCAUGGCAGAUAUUCCCUUUCAGAUUGUCUGCCCCGUGGCAUACUGUAGCAUUGUAUACUGGAUGACCAGUCAACCUCCUGAAGUUUCACGUUUCCUACUCUUCUCAGCUUUGGCAACUUCUACUGCCCUUGUGGCACAGUCAUUAGGUCUUCUCAUUGGUGUAGCAUCAAAUUCUUUGCAGGUUGCAACCUUUGUGGGACCAGUUACUGCAAUUCCAGUAUUGCUAUUCUCAGGCUUCUUUGUCAGCUUUAAAACUAUCCCAACAUACCUACAAUGGAGCUCCUACAUCUCGUAUGUCAGGUAUGGAUUUGAAGGAGUCAUCCUGGCAAUCUAUGGCAUGGAUCGUGCUCCUCUGCAGUGUGCUGAGUUACACUGCACUUUUCAGCUGCCUCAACAGGUCCUGCAAGAGUUAGAUGUUGAGGAUGCCAAGCUAUAUGUGGACUUCUUAGUUUUGGGAGGCUUUUUUCUUGGACUUCGUCUUCUUGCUUAUCUUGUAUUACGCUAUAGGGUUAAAUCUGAGAGGUAAACAGUGGAAGAGAAAAACAAAAGGAUGCGUUUCCAAAGGUUUUCAUGAUCAGGUACUUCCAAAAUAUGGAUUACAAAAUGUGCUGACAGCAAAAACUCUUAAAACACCUUUACCAAUGUAUAACUGGACAAAAGCACCAUCCUCUUCUAGUGCAUUUUUCUCUUGCUCCAUUGCCUCUACAUCUUCAGUGUCUUAAAUUUGCACAGAUACUAAUUUCUGCACACAAUUUUUGCUUCCACUUUUUAUUCCUUGCUGUUGUAUUCAUCUGUAUAGCCCAAAUCGAAUCUUAUUUUUUGACCUCAAUCGUGUUCUGUUUAUCCUCCACAAACUGGUACACUGAUUAUUUAUUUUAACAGUAUAAGCAAUCUGAAAACUAUUUCUCUUUUAAGUCUUAUUCUGACAAAUUUUUGGAGAUCACUGUUAAUGCACUAAGGAGUUUAAACAUCUUCUCAGAAUGGUUCUUCUAUUGGCUGUGCAUGAAGAACAAUAAACUGUAUUCCACAGACA